UUCUUUCUUGCCUUAUGGCAACCUGAACCGUGUCAAGUUUCACUAGCUAACUGUUGCAAUCCAGUGGCUUGCUAAGGAAGCCAGCCUUGCUGCGGAGCGUCAUAUAAGCACUAUGGCGCGGUGGCAGGCGGUCGUCCUGCUCGCCCUGGCGUUUGGAGCUGUUGCCAGUGCAGCUGCUGAACGGACCCUCCUCGGGGCGGGAGACCACAAGUACAAGCAGGGAGAUGGCAUAAUGCUCUACGCUAACAAAGUUGGCCCAUUCCAAAAUCCAACGGAAACUUAUCAAUACUACAACCUUCCGUUCUGCCAACCUACGGAUGGAAAGGAGUAUAAGACUGAGUACUUGGGCGAGGUGCUGGAGGGGGACCGGUUGGUCACGACUCCCUACAAGCUGCAGUUCCGCGUGGACGUGGAGAACGCAGUUCUCUGCAACAAGUCCUUGUCAGGGGAGGACCUUAAGAAGUUCCGCGAUGCUGUUAAGCAGGAUUACUAUUUCCAGAUGUACUUUGAUGAGCUUCCAGUUUGGGGCUUCAUUGGCAAGGUUGAGACCGUGCCAAAGGGGUACUUCUUGUUCACACAUUUCCACUUCGACCUUUCUUACAACGAUGACCGCGUAAUUGAAAUCAAUGUCUCCAGCGAUCCUGAUCGCACUGUUAACAUCACGUCAGCGGAGAGCUUGAACAUCCAGUUCUCGUACUCCGUCAAGUGGAAGCAGUCGUCGGUGACCUUUGAUCACCGUCUGGAUCGCUAUGCACGCUAUUCUUUCCUGCCCCAGCAUCUCGAGAUUCACUGGUUUGCCAUCAUCAACUCCUGCGUGACCGUGCUGUUGCUGACCGGCUUCCUGGCUACCAUCCUGCUGCGUGUCUUGAAGAACGAUUUCAUGAAGUACAGCCGUGAUGAUGAGAUGGGAGAGGACCAGGAGGAGACGGGCUGGAAGUACCUGCAUGGGGACGUCUUCCGCUUCCCUCCGCAGUCCAACCUGUUCUCAGCCAUGCUCGGCGUUGGCGCUCAGAUUUUGGUUAUGGCCAUGUGCAUCUUUGCUCUGGCACUGGUGGGCUUCUACCACCCCUACAACCGCGGCGGGCUGCUGUCGGCGUGCGUGGUGCUCUACGCGUUGACGGCUGGUAUCUCAGGCUACGUGAGCGGCCUGCACUACAAGAUGUUCGGAGGCACCAACUGGGUGUCCAACGUCCUGCUCUGCACGGGGCUGUACUGCGGCCCGGUGCUGGCGGUGUUCUCCUUCCUCAACACCGUCGCCAUCUUCUACCGCUCCACCGCCGCGCUGCCCUUCGGCACCAUCGUCAUCAUCAUCCUGCUUUGGGCGCUCAUCACCUUCCCGCUCACCGUGAUGGGUGGCAUUGCGGCGAAGAACUCCAAGGUCGAGUUUAACGCCCCAUGCAGGACCACCAAGUUCCCGAGGGACAUCCCGACGCUGCCCUGGUACCGCUCCACCGUUCCCCAGAUGCUCAUGGCCGGCUUCCUGCCCUUCUCCGCCAUCUACAUUGAGCUGUACUACAUCUUCGCCAGCAUCUGGGGCCACAAGGUCUACACCAUCUACUCCAUCCUCUUCAUCGUCUUCAUUAUCCUGCUCAUCGUCACCGCGUUCAUCACCGUGGCGCUCACCUACUUCCAGCUCGCCGUGGAGGACCACAGGUGGUGGUGGCGCUCGCUCCUGUGCGGUGGCUCCACGGGUAUCUUUGUGUACGGCUACUGCUUCUACUACUACUACGCUCGUUCCGACAUGAGCGGCUUCAUGCAGACGUCGUUCUUCUUCGGCUAUAACGCCGUCGUCUGCUACGCCUUCUUCCUCAUGCUGGGGUCGGUCGGCUUCCGCGCCUCGCUGCUCUUCGUGCGGCACAUCUACAGGGCGAUCAAGUGCGAGUAAGCAACUCUCGGCGUUGGAUUCGGGGCUUAAACUGCAGCUGACAAGGACUGUACUAGGCGGUUGCUUCUUAGCGACGCCCCCUUAGCUUGGCACAGGAAUUUUGUUCCUAAGUGAUCGGUGUUGGUAUAGGAUGUGGCAUCUUAUCUAUAGUCUUGUCGCAUACUGAAGGCUAUACGGCGGGGUUUAGGGCCACAUGUUUGUUGUGCUACAGGCGGUGCACGCUGUGGCAUACUCUAGCAAUACGUCGCUGGUAGUUCUUAUCUAGUAUGAUGGGCCUAAAGGGGCUCGUGGCUUCAGGCUUACUGCAAACCUCGAUAACAUGACGUCUAAGACCUUACCCUAGCUGACAAGUCGAGGCUUUCCUGCAAAUACUUUGAAGCAUCUGUGGUUGAUGGCCAAGAGACUGCGUUCAAU